AUGGCAAGGUAUGAACCUAUACAGAAUGGCAAGAAUGGCGAAGCUUGUGCCUUCAACGGCAUUGGAACUACGAAGGCCGCCACGAGCGCUUCUGGCAGCUGCGCUACAUCGAUGAGCUCCAUUGGUCCCAAGGCCACCAACACCGUCUCAGGCGGCCCGGUUGCAAGCGGCGGUGCUGCCACCACCACCUCGGGUAUUGCUGUCCCCAACAUUGUGCACCAGGCUGUCUACAUCGGCAAAUGGCAGGUCGCUGCCUACAUUGUCACCGCCCUCGUUUCUGGUGUCAGCAUGGUCAUGCUGUAG